GUCCCCGCUUCCCGACAUCAACAACCAAUCACAAUGAAUCACAUGACCGUUCGGCUCAUUUGAUUGGCUACUGUCAGUGUCACCGCUAGCAGCACCAGGAAGUUUGCUGUCACUAUUAGCUGCAGAAUGGAAAGCUUUGCUGCUUUUCUCUAAAAGAGCAUCAUGGGUAACACGGAGAGUGUGGUGGUGCAGAAGCGUCUGGCCCGGUUCCGCCCAGAGGAGCGUCCUGUAGUGGAGGGAGUGUUCGACCGGCUGCUGGGAGGAGCUGGAGGACCUGCAGGGAAAACUGUGACGCUGGAGAUGCUGCAGUCCUCGGUGGGCAGCGUGGCUCCAGACUCCAUGGUGAGGAGGAUCUACCGCUGUCUGAGCAGCAUCGACGCCGGACUGGCAGCACCCACCGCUAAAAGCCACCAGUCUGGAGUCUGCAGAGAGCAGCUGGUGGUCUUCCUGGCCGACACCCUGAGAGGAACGGCUGAAGAACGAGCUCCUCUGGUGAUGUCCAUGUCCUCCCAGCAGGCCUCCGGGGCAGCAGCCACCUGUCAGGAGGUGGUGGAGUUCCUCCAGGACCUGGUGUCUGCUGUGGUUCAGAUCCUGGUCCAUAGGGGGCGCCUGCAGGGCUGGAAGCCGGACAGGAUGUCUGACGUCUCUGAGGGAGUGAAGCUCCUGGCUGAGCAGAUGUGUUCAGAGCUGAAACCUUCAGACCAGGGUUCCUGUGACGUGUCCUGUCUGGAGGACUGGAUCUUCAGGGUCCAGCAGGUGUCUGUGUACCUGGAGAUGCUGGUGGCUGAAGGUCUGGACGUGACUCUGAGCGGCCGACCGACGCCGACGCUGCUGCCGCCCUGCAGGGAGACGCCCUGGAAGGAUCUGAGGAGUCUGCUGGACCUGCCAACGCUCAUGUUUGUGGCUCCACAGCUACCAGACAGCUACAGCGCCCCCUGGAGGCUGGUGUUCUCCACGCGGCUGCACGGUGAGAGCUUCACCAGGAUGGUGGGCGGCCUGACCAAACGAGGACCAACACUGCUGCUCAUCAAAGACACUAAAGGACACGUCUUUGGGGGCUUCGCCUCCCACGGCUGGGAGGUCAAACCACAGUUCCAGGGUGACUCCAGAUGCUUCCUGUUCACUGUGUUCCCCCAGCUGAGGGUUUUUACAGCCACAGGAUACAACCAGCACUUCAUGUACCUCAACCAGAACCAGCAGACCAUGCCCAACGGACUGGGUAUGGGUGGUCAACACGGCUACUUCGGACUGUGGCUGGACUGUGAUUUUGGUCAUGGUCACAGCAGAGCUCGGCCCAAAUGUACAACCUACGGCAGUCCUCAGCUCUCCGGAGACGAGGACUUCACCAUAGACUCCAUGGAAGUUUGGGCCGUUGGAAAACCUCCAGAACCAGAAGAGGGCGAUGAUGGGGAGGGGGGUAAGAGGAGCAUCCUGGACGUGGACCCUGAAGUCCAGGCCAUGAUGGAGAUGGCUGGGAAGACGCUGCACAGUCAGGGCCUCAGGGAGCCGGAGGAAGACCAGGAGCAGUGACCGAAAGCUCCGGUCAGCCUGGUACUGAUGGACUCUCACAGCUACAUUUCUGUUAUUUUAUUCCACUUUUACUGCUGCUGAUCGGCUUUAUAACGGAUCUGACUGUGAAAACCGUCAAUUUAAACCCAGUUAUUUACUCCUAGCUGGCUGUGCAGGCAGCUCAUGUGUUCUAUAAACUGACAUUUUAGCAAUGUGUGAAGAUUGUGGGUGUGUUCACACUUUAGCAGCAGAGCAGGACACUGAAAACAAGACGUCUGCAGCGGUGACGAUAAAUCCUUCAUCCCUCCUCCAACUGUGAACACAAGAAGCAAAAAAACUUCCUCUAAUCACCUGUUUCUUACAGACUGGAUCCACAUCUUGUUCCGGAUGUUGAGAUAAUAAACCAACAUGGCCGAGACAAAUCAGAUAACACAUGUAAAAUAUUGUAUAUUAUUAUAACAGAUGCAGAUUUGGUGCUGUACAUUUCAUUGUUUUGUUCCGUUAAGAAGAAUUGUGGUGGAAAAUGUGAUGGAUGAAUAUAAUAUCCUGCAGAACUGAGCUGGUUUAUGUGUUAAAGCAGGUGAACACACUGUAAAAAACAUCAAGUUUGCUGUUCAUAAUGUCUUCAAACUGCAGUAUUUGUGGAUUUUUCUCCACUUUUACGUUAUAUUUUGUGUUUCCUCUCAUUCGUGUAAGCUAGGAAGGGAAUUUAAAAAUAUUCAAACUGCAGCACUACGACAAAUUAGUCAGUUUAAAAGCAACUCUGAUAAAAUAACAGACAUUUUUUACAGCGGUGCAACUAGAAAAGCAUAUUGACUUUUACAAUGAUAUGAGCUGUCUUAAUAGGCUAUAAAUCCCAAUAAUCACUCUACUUUCCUUACUUUCUUGCUGUAUUUAUUUUAUUCUAGUAGAGAAAUUAGAGGUUGCUGGAUCUGAUAUUCAGUAUUAAUAUGAUUAUCAGUAUUUUAUUUUUUACAUUUUUGAAUCCUGGUAAAAUAAAUGAAUCUAAAAACACACUACAGCUGCUUUGAUCUCAAUUAAUUACCACUGAUCUAUCUAACUGGUUGUGAAUAAUACCCGUUAAAUGUAAUAAAAUAAUAAAAAAAUGUGUAAAAUAUAUGUAAACAGAUCAGUUUGGCAAAGCUUCGCAUUGGAAUUUGGCUCAUUCUUAAUUUUGACUCCGAGAUUUUCACCUAUCGGCUCCAAAUAUCAGUUAUUAAUCACCUUAAUUGUUAAUAAUUAAUUAACCAUCAGCAUUGGACUGUACAGAAUUAGAUAAUUUCUCACUCAGCUGGAGGAAACUGAAGACUACAUGCGUACAUAACUUAUUAUAAGACUACAACAUAAAACGAUGCAGUUUUUAAGUUUAAUUAACUAUUAAAUACAUGUUUUGUGAAUGAAAUCUGAAUAAAUUCGUCCAUAUCAGCUCUACAAAUCUCAGAAAUCUUAACUUGUUGACUUUAAAUUACAGAAACUGUAACUAUUGUGAGGUUUGUGUGAGGAAAAUGUAAAGUUUUCAUGGUUGAACUGUGAUUCAUGGUGUGUGUAGUGACUGAUGUCCAUGUGUGUUACUGCAGUGUUUACCUGAAAUAAAGUACGACGGCACCUGGAGUGUCAAGCUGUUGAA